CCUCACCGUGUCUGCGUGUGUCUCCUCUUCCUCCUCGUAUGGUCCAUUCCACAAGGCUGGGCUUACAUUCAACUAGGAGCACUGGGAGUUCAAGUGCACAACGUGAAGGUGCCGCAGCCGGGAGUGGCGGGGCGGCAGGCGAGGCUGGAGUGUCUGUGGGCAGCGGGGGAGCGAGGCUUCUACUCAGUGAGGUGGUACAAGAACGAUGAGCAGUUUUAUAGCUACGUGCCCAAGAACAAACCCCAAGUGAAGGUCGACCACCAUAUUGAAGGGGUCAGUGUGGAGCUUUCUCAGUCGGACGAGCGCGUGGUGACCCUAAGGGAGCUGCGUUUGGAUUCCGAGGGGGUGUACCGCUGCGAAGUCAUGAGCGAGAGCCCCUACUUCGAGUCCUCGUUCGCUUCCAGCAAUCUCACUGUGGUAGCAAUGCCCGACGCGCCAACACUGGCAGGGCUAAGAUCAAGUUACCGUGUGGGCGAGAUGCUUAACGUCACUUGCACCGCCUACGACUCCCGCCCGCCAGCCCGCCUCACCUUCUUCAUGAACCGAGAACCUGUGACUACGGAAUCGGGUAGAGUGAGGACGCUGGAACCGCAAGAUGGGAGGUACCUCGGGGUAUAUAACACAAUGGCAGUGCUGGAGCGGCCCAUUGGUAGGAGGCUGGUGCCCUCACUCAGCCUGGAGUGUCGUGCCGAGGUACUGUCUCUCUCCACGCAGGUCGAGGCGAAUGUGGAGGUACACGAACACUCCGGCUCAGCCCCGCUAUUCUUGCUUAACACAGGCUCUGGUCUCAGCCCCGCCCUGCCCGCCCUGCUGCUGCCCCCACUACUGCUUACCACCCUCACACACCUCCUCACCUCCAGCUGAUUGCACCGCCGCCCCCCUCACACCUCAUAGCUCAGCCCAUUCCCCUCCCAACACCUACCAACACACACACACACACACACACACACACAAGGCAAUGGUUCAUCCUCACAGAUCUCUCUCUCUCUCUCUCUCUCUCUCUCUCUCUCUCUCUCUCUCUCUCUCUCUCUCUCUCUCUCUCUCUCUCUCUGUCCUUUUCUCUUUUUCCUUCCCAAACCUUGACUUGACACAAUUCUCGGACACACUUUCACCUUAAGCCCUUUUUUCACUCUCUCUCUCUCUCUCUCUCUCUCUCUCUCUCUCUCUCUCUCUCUCUCUCUCUGUAGAUACAUUGUUACGUUUUCUCUCAUGUAUGACUAAUUAAAGAAAACGAAGCUGGGAAAAUGCACCAGAUAUGAAGAGGAGGAGGAGGAGGAGGAGGAGGAGGA